UUCCAAUCGUUCGGAGGAGGAGUUCUAAGACACUGUGGCUGUUUCUGGGAACAGAGCAGUUCUGGUUUACACACAGACAGCAUCUCAACUCAAACUCCGUUCAACAUGGUCAGCCGUCUUGAACACCCAGCCGGUGGCUAUAAAAAAAUCUUUGAGUCAUGCGAAGAGUUAGCUGAGCCCAUUCCUGCUCAUGUCUCAGGCAAAAUCCCUAAUUGGCUCACUGGCAGUCUGCUCCGUGUGGGCCCUGGGCUCUUUGAGAUUGGAGAUGAACCUUUUUACCACCUUUUUGAUGGCCAGGCUCUCAUGCACAAGUUUGACCUGAAGGAUGGACAUGUCACUUAUUACCGCAGGUUUAUGAGAACUGAUGCUUAUGUGAGAGCCAUGACAGAAAAAAGAAUUGUGAUCACAGAGUUUGGCACCGCUGCAUACCCAGAUCCAUGCAAAAACAUAUUUUCCAGGUUUUUUACUUACUUUCAAGGCAUUGAGGUGACAGACAACUGCCUUGUCAACAUCUACCCCAUUGGUGAGGACUACUAUGCCUGCACGGAAACCAACUACAUAACCAAAGUUGAUCCUGAUAACUUAGAAACGAUAAAAAAGGUGGACCUUUGCAAUUAUCUCUCAGUCAAUGGUGUGACAGCACAUCCACAUACUGAACCAGACGGUACUGUAUAUAACAUUGGAAACUGCUUUGGGAAGAACAUGUCACUGGCCUACAACAUUGUCAAGAUCCCUCCAACACAAGAAGAUAAAUCCGAUCCAAUUGAGAAGUCAAAGGUUUUGGUGCAGUUUCCAAGCAGUGAGCGAUUCAAACCAUCCUACGUCCAUAGCUUUGGCAUGACAGAGAACUACUUUGUAUUCGUUGAGACUCCAGUGAAGAUCAAUCUGCUGAAAUUUCUGACUUCCUGGAGUAUCAGAGGAACAAAUUACAUGGACUGCUUUGAGUCAAAUGACAAAAUGGGUACAUGGUUUCAUCUUGCAACCAAGAAUCCUGGAGAAUACAUUGACCACAAAUUCAGAACAUCUGCCUUUAAUCUUUUCCAUCACAUUAACUGUUAUGAGGACAAAGGCUUUAUCAUUGUUGACCUUUGCACUUGGAAGGGGCAUGAUUUUGUGUAUAAUUAUCUAUAUUUGGCAAACGUGAGGCAAAACUGGGAGGAAGUAAAAAAAGCAGCCAUGAGAGCUCCACAGCCCGAGGUGCGGCGAUAUGUGCUUCCACUGGACAUUCACAGGGAAGAGCAGGGAAAGAAUUUGGUUUCGCUUCCAUACACCACAGCGACUGCUGUCAUGUGCAGUGAUGGAACUGUUUGGCUUGAACCUGAGGUUCUUUUCUCUGGACCGCGUCAAGCUUUUGAGUUUCCUCAGAUCAACUACAAAAAAUACUGUGGGAAAAGUUACACCUUCGCUUAUGGACUUGGACUAAACCACUUCGUUCCAGACCGGAUUUGCAAGUUGAAUGUGAAAAGCAAAGAAACAUGGAUAUGGCAGGAGCCAGAUGCCUAUCCAUCCGAACCACUGUUUGUGCAAAGCCCUGAUGCUAAAGAUGAAGAUGAUGGUGUUCUUCUGAGUAUUGUAGUGAAACCGGGAGUCACCCAGAGGCCAGCAUUCCUCCUCAUACUCAAUGCCACUGACCUGACAGAAAUAGCACGUGCAGAGGUUGAUGUCAUGAUUCCUGUCACUCUCCAUGGAAUGUACAAACCUUAAAGGAUCAUUGCAUUUCAGACUAUACUUUAAAAUUGAUUAUUGUUUAGUGUACAUGUACAUUUUUA